AUGAGGACUGAAGAGUUUGAUUACAAUGUUGAGUCAAGAAUCAUGCCAGACGAUCCUGUUGAGCUUCGUGGCAAAAGCCGCGAAGAUGGCAGGAUGGUCGUGCUCGACCGCUCGACCGACAAGAUUACGCACACGGUGUUUUCAACCAUCUGCCAGUACUUUCGCCCGGGCGACCUGCUCGUCUUGAACGACAGCUACGUGCUCGCAAACGUCUUGUGGUUCCGGUACGGCGACGAGUCUACCCACGUGGGCUUGUGCGGCCACGAGCCCGACGGCACGACCAUUGUCGAUGUAUUCGGAUGGUCGCUGGCUGCCCCAGCGCUGACCCUGACGUCCAAGAACAACGACAGACUCACAUGCACCCUGCUCGAAGCGCUGCCCGACCAGCUCUGGAGAGCGAGAUUCGAGCCUUUCGACCUGGUUACGCCGACGCUGGUCGAGUUCGGGCAGCGAGUAGACGACAUAACGGACCCGAACCUGACGCUCUGGAGAUCCGCGCCCCUUGCCUACCGCUCCGUGUACGCCAAUACACCUGGAUCGUUCAACAUCCCUUCAGCUGGGCUUCACUUCUCCGAGGCGCUGCUGGCCGAGGCUGUCGCCAAGGGCGUCGAGGUCGCCCACAUCACGCUGCAUGUCGGGGCGACCGAGACAUUUGCGGUCCGCCACAUCACCGAGAAGGAGGUUGAGAACCACAAGGUCAGGUCCGAGUACUUCCAGGUCGGGGACAGGGCGGCCGCACAGAUCAACCGGGCCGUGUCCGGGGGGAGGCGUGUCGUCGCCGUGGGCACGACCGUCAUGAGGACCCUCGAGACGCUGGCCGCCAAGCUGGAGCCCAAAGCUCCCAUCCAGGCGCAGUCGGGGUGGACCGACCUCUACAUAUACCCCGGAUUCAACUUCAAGCUUGUGGACGUGUUGCUGACGAACCUCCACCAGCCGCGGUCUAGCCAUAUCGUGCUGACGGCAGCCUUUGCCGGGAAAGAGCUUGUUAUGCGUAGCUACGCCGAGAUUCUCGAAGGCGGUGGAUACGAGUUUGACAUGUUUGGGGACAGCAUGCUGAUUGUGUAG